AUGGAGCUUUCGAGGCCAGAUCCUGUCGGAGGACUUCCCUCACAGCCACCAGAAAUUCUACCGCCCUUCAUCUUUGGUCUUCCUCCGGAGCUACUUGCGGAAAUAGUAGCCGCCGUCGCAGCAAUCGAGGUGCCGCGAGCACCAAUAACGGACUAUGAGAGAUUUCAUCUCGAGUCAAGUCAGCUACAAUCCCGCGCCACGUUCAAGUCCAUCUUUGGAGAAGGCACACUGGGCUGGGUUAGGUUGACGCAUGUCUGCCGUGGUUGGAGGAGUUUAAUCUGUGAAGGGAUGCCUUUACUUUGGGCGCAGCAUAUCGGUUGUUUCGGGCGUGCCGAUGCAGUAGAAACGAUGCUGAGGCGAGCAGGGAAUGAAGUGUCGUUGUCAGUUCGAUCCGGUCAUUGUGGAGCUGCCAUUUCCGAUUUUCCCUGGGAGACCGUAGAGAUGCCCGUGCCGUCAUGGUCAGCACUCGAAUGCACGAUCUUCCGAUCCCGUAUCCGGUCCCUCGUAGUGGUCGACACACGGAAUGGCCUUGGCAACGGAACCGAGUUCGAAAGCUUGGCCUCGAUACUUCACGAGCUUACCUGUCUGCAGGAGCUCGGAGUCCACUGCAUUACUGUAGAUGAUGAAAGACUUCGAGAUGAUCUACCGCCGUGUCCCAAUACUUGCAUCAUCUUCGCUCCUACAUUGCGCUCCUUGCGAUUUACCAAUCACUUCAUUUCAUGGAACGCUAGUGGAGUCACUCGUCUUUCCAUCGUCCUCGACGCUAUCGGCCUUCCCUGGGACGUAUUCCACGACGCCUUGACAUCACUCUCAUCUAUCGAGGAGCUGGAACUCGACUAUGCGCUUCCUGCGAACUUUUCACUAUCCAGAUCUGUUCAAGAAUAUACCACAUAUCCCCUUCCAAAGUUGGGUUACCUCUCCGUCCGCGAUCUUGACGACUACGCCCUCGGUUUCCUGCAGCAAUUACAACUCCCGGAUAGUGCCAGACUUGACCUACGUCUUCUGUGCACCGACUCGUGGUAUAGCGCUCGUUUUGAGCUGGCAGUGCAGAAAGUCCUAGCCAGGGCCCGAUCGUUACCGAGCCGAACAAUUGUCGUCGCGGCGACUUUCGGCGAGGACGAAAAGUCCGCGGUUAUCUACAACUUCGCUCAGCUUCGGUUCUAUGAGGGCGCCUCUCUCAUUGCUGGCGGUACGGCGGAUCUCCCGCAUCUUGCCGUCGCCGUCGAAGACUUGGCCGAGUCCGAGAAGAACUCCUGGGAAGGACUGGCGGAAGUGCGCGUUACCCUCAAUCGUCAUUUUCCAGACGUGUGGCAUAACGUGCAGUCUCUGGACUUCAGCGUGCCAUUUUGGCGUUGCCGCUACGAGAUCGGACAGAUGCUAUCUCGUGCUUCAUCCCUUCGCCAAUUGCGUGUGAUUGAUCUUUUCGAGGGCGUGGAACGUAAUCACGACUUUGAGACCGACUGGCCUGGGAGCGUUCUCUUCCCGACCAGCCUAUUCAGGGACCCCGCGCCCUCCCUCGAUCUCCUGUGGAUCAUACAAACGUCAAAUUGGCGCGUCAAUCACCUGCGCCAGUUCUGUACUGCCGUUGCCCGAAGUUUGGCCGACGCGAUAGAUGCCAGUCGUCUGCACCAUCGACACGAAGAUGCCAACGUCGCGAAGCGGGCCAUUACACUACUUCGCUUGGACUUCGUUCACCAGUAUGACACUUCCUGGACCCCGGACGAGGAAGAUUCUACGAUUUUCUUCGAGAAGUUGGCGGAGAGUGUCGAAGUACAUUUCUUGUAG